AUCCGUUUGUUGAAUUUGUCAGCAUUUUAUUUCGUCGUAAUCAAAACUACAGAGAACUUUUGGUUCUAUACUUCACGUUAACUCCAAUUCGUGCUGCUCCAAAGAAAAUUCUCAUUUACCACGUGUUUAGGUGUUUAAAAUUCAGAAGAAUAUUGAAGUUACCUCCUACAGGGACUCUCCUGGGAAGCAUUUGAUGUAUGCUGAAAAGAAUUGUGUCCAAAUUAGUGCUUAGGUUGAGGCCAAGGAAAAUGCUGGAAGUGUUAACAACCAGUGAGGCUGCUGCCGUGAAACAAGAAACUGAUGACAAAACAGCAAUGAAGAGACAGCAUGAUGACGACGAUAAUGAUGACAGCAAAACUCCUUCGAAGCUUCUUAAAAAAUCCGAAGCAAACAUUCCUAUCCGAACUGAUCGGAAACGUAAAGUAGCAUUGUUGAUGGCAUACUCCGGAGAGGGUUACUAUGGCAUCCAAGUUAAUUCCGCUUUCCCAACAAUUGAGAGUGAACUGUUCAAGGCACUGGUUGCUGUUGGACUUGUGCCACAAGACCAUGUGGACAACCCAUAUAAGAUGUCUUUCCAAAGAGCUGCUCGUACAGAUAAAGGUGUAUCUGCUAUUGGACAAGUUGUUUCACUGAAGAUGUUGAUACAUUUUGAUAAUUUGAUUGAUCGACUCAAUGAGACACUUCCAAAACAGAUCAGAAUCUUAGGCAUGCUGCGUACUACAAAUUCUUUCAACAGUAAGAACCAUUGUUCACAUCGUACAUACAUUUAUGUUAUGCCAACGUUUGCACUGACUCCUGUAGAAGAGAAUGUUGUUUUAGAUUACAGAAUAGAAGAAAGCAAACUGGAAGAGCUGAACAGCGUUUUAAGUUUGUUUAAGGGCACACAUAAUUUUCAUAAUUUCACCUCUGGACGGAAAUUCUCUGACCCAAGUGCCAACCGUUACAUUAUGGAUUUUGAGGCAGGAAAACCAGUGGUCAUCGAUGGUCUAGAGCUGGUCACUAUCAGGAUUCAAGGCCAAAGUUUUAUGUUGCAUCACAUUCGUAAAAUGAUCGGUUUAUCAAUAGCCAUUGUUCGAGGAUUUUGUGGGAAGGAUGUCAUUGAUCUUGCAUGGAAGGCUGAGAAAGUGGAUGUUCCCAAAGCACCAGGAUUGGGCCUUGUUCUAGAAAGGUUGCAUUAUAAUGGUUACAAUAAACGGUUCGGCAAUGAUGGCAUCCAUGAACCUUUAGUGUGGGAUAAAUAUGAUGAGCAAAUGGAGAAUUUUAAAGAAGAAUUUAUCAUGAAAAACAUUGUCGAGAAAGAGAAAGAAGAGAAAUCGAUGCUUAAUUGGCUUGUCAGUUUACACAACCACACCUUUGGCUACGUGGACGACGAAGGUAAACGGUUACCUACAGCUAUGUAUGGGGCACAGAAGAACCUGAAGACAGCAGAAGCUAAUUCUCUAAGCAGUGGACCAGCAGAUGCUAAUGAAAAUACUGAGACUAACACCACAAAUGACAAAACAGACACUACUACUACUACUGCAGUCACAGCUACUGAUGUGGCCUCUACUACUACAACUGCCACUGCCACCAUAGAUACUACUACAGAUACUACUACUGCUACAUUUAGUGACGAUGAAGUUGAGCAGAAAGUUCCUGAGUCAAUGAGAAAGCUUUCAUAAUAAUAAUAAUAGUAAUAAUAACAAUCAUAAGGAUACUCAAAUAAUAAUAAUAAUGAUGAUGAUGAUGAUGAUUUGUAUAAAGACUUACAGGAAGAAGGAAAAAAAA